AUGUUGUACUUAAUAUUUCCAGUUUUACUGAACUUUAAUCUAGCCUUUGAGGACAUCUACAUCGAGCAGAGGAGGGUGGUGAAGGUGAUUCUGGAGUACGCAGAUAAAAUCUUCACCUACAUCUUCAUCCUGGAGAUGCUGCUCAAGUGGCUCGCUUACGGCUUCAAGAAGUACUUCACCAACUACUGGUGCUGGCUCGACUUCCUCAUCGUCGACGUCUCACUGGUCAGUCUGGUGGCCAACACGUUGGGUUAUUCAGACUUUGCAGCCAUCAAAUCCCUGCGGACGCUGCGGGCCCUGCGGCCCCUCAGGGCCCUCUCCAGAUUUGAAGGCAUGCGGGUGGUCGUGAACGCUCUGAUCGGGGCGAUUCCCUCCAUCAUGAACGUGCUGCUCGUCUGUCUCAUCUUCUGGCUCAUCUUCAGCAUCAUGGGCGUCAACCUGUUCGCCGGCAAGUUCGGCCGCUGCGUCAACCGCACGGGCCACAUCUACGAGUCGUCCUUCAUCAACAACAAGUCCGAGUGCGAGGCGCUCAACGACACCUCGCUCUUCUACUGGACCAAGGUCAAGGUCAACUUUGACAACGUGGGGGCCGGAUACCUCGCUCUGCUGCAAGUGGCGACCUUCAAAGGCUGGAUGGAGAUCAUGUACGCAGCGGUGGAUUCACGAGCUGUGGAGGAGCAGCCGAUCAAAGAGAUCAAUCUCUACAUGUAUCUGUACUUUGUCAUCUUCAUCAUCUUCGGCUCCUUCUUCACCCUCAACCUCUUCAUCGGCGUCAUCAUCGACAACUUCAACCAGCAGAAACGGAAGAUAAGAGGACAGGACAUCUUCAUGACGGAGGAGCAGAAGAAAUAUUACAACGCCAUGAAGAAACUCGGCUCCAAGAAACCCCAGAAGCCGAUUCCCCGACCGAUGAACUCUCUGCAGGGCUUCUUCUUCGACCUGGUGGGGAAGCAGGUGUUCGACAUCAUCAUCAUGGUGCUGAUCCUGUUCAACAUGAUCACCAUGAUGGUGGAGACGGACGAGCAGUCGCCUCAGAUGGAGUACAUCCUCAACAACAUCAACCUGGCCUUCAUCAUCGUCUUCACCAUCGAGUGCCUCAUCAAGAUCGUGGGGCUGCGCUGCUACUUCUUCACCGUCGGCUGGAACAUCUUCGACUUCGUGGUCGUCAUCCUCUCCAUCGUCGGUAUCGUGCUGGCUGACAUCAUCGAGAAGUACUUUGUAUCGCCGACGCUGUUCCGAGUGAUCCGAUUGGCCCGAAUCGGACGGAUCCUGCGUCUCAUCAGAGGCGCCAAGGGCAUCCGGACGUUACUGUUCGCCCUCAUGAUGUCCCUCCCCGCCCUCUUCAACAUCGGGCUGCUCCUCUUCCUCGUCAUGUUCAUCUAUGCCAUCUUCGGCAUGGCCAACUUCGCCUACGUGAAACGCCAGGCGGGCAUCGACGACAUGUUCAACUUCGAGACGUUCGGGAACAGCAUGAUCUGUUUGUUCCAGAUCACCACGUCGGCCGGCUGGGACAGCCUGCUGAGCCCCAUCCUCAACAACUCGCCCGAGGAGUGCAACCCCAACAUCCCGCACACCGGCACCACCGUGCGCGGGAACUGCGGAAACCCGUCGGUCGGCAUCACCUUCUUCGUCACCUACAUCAUCAUCUCCUUCCUCAUCGUGGUCAACAUGUACAUCGCCAUCAUCCUGGAGAACUUCAGCGUGGCCACGGAGGAGAGCACCGAGCCGCUGAGCGAGGACGACUUCGAGAUGUUCUACGAGGUUUGGGAGAAGUUCGAUCCAGAGGCCACGCAGUUCAUCGAGUACGCCAAGCUGUCCGACUUCGCCGACUCUUUAUCGGAGCCGCUGCGCAUCAGCAAGCCGAACAAGAUCAAACUGAUCUCCAUGGACCUGCCCAUGGUCAGCGGGGACAAGAUCCACUGCCUGGACAUCCUCUUUGCCUUCACGAAGCGCGUCCUGGGCGAGUCGGGCGAGAUGGACGCCCUCAAGCAGCAGAUGGAGGAGAAGUUCAUGAUGGCGAACCCGUCUAAGAUCUCCUACGAGCCGAUCACGACGACUCUGCGGCGAAAACAGGAAGAAGUCUCCGCAACGGUGAUCCAGAGGUGCUACCGGCGACACCUGGUGCGGCGGCAGAUGAAAGCCGCCUCCUACUUGUACCGUCAGAUCACCACGCCUCGGCACGCCGGGGACGAAGGCGAGGAGGGCGUGUUUGGGGAGGACGCGCCGGAGAAAGAAGGGCUCAUCGCCGCCAUGAUGAGAGAAAACUACGGCUCGAGUCUGUUAGGCAUGGAGCGCUCCGAGACUAUUUCCUCCACCUCGUCCCCGCCGUCUUACGACAGCGUGACGCGAGCCACGUCGGAGAUCUUUCACCCGCUCGCCGCCAAGACAGAAACAUUAGCUGUCGACACCGCGGGCAGCGAGCCGAGCGAACAAUCGGACAGACGGGAGGAGGCGUAG